AUGCACCGUCAAAAUUACCCACUCUCAGUGUCUGCUGGAGGAAGACGAUCCCACGGUCCUUUGGUACUUUGUGGAGAAAGAUGCCAUGUUAGGCGUAAAGCCAGCACCCACAGGACAAAAUCAGAAUUAACAACAACAACUUUAAACCUUUCGCAAAAUGUAUUAAGAUCGACUAGGGGGAAAGUUAAAGAGGAACAAGAUCGCAAUGGGGGCUUGAAUGACUCAAUGCAAAACGAGGAAAUUUACGUUAAAGCCUUAGUUAAUAAAAUCGACGAAAUGUUAGCUGAAUCAUCACCGAGAGAUACAUUUAAAUCUAAUCAGAUAAAUUUUAAUGUUAAUGAAUCUAAUCAGAUAGACAACACGAUUAUAAAUUCGUCAGAGUUUACAACGACGCCUAGCGUGUGCGGAUACAAUAAAACAAGCUAUACAGACACUGAUAUUAAGAGUAUCAGUAAUUUUUCUAAUGAAGAAUAUACUAGCCCUUACGAAGGAAUACUUACGAAACUGAAAUUGAAACAGCUUAAACUAGAAGAAUCGAGUCUUUUGAAAAGGAAAGAAAUUAUUGAGAAAGAAAUGAAUAGACCGCCAAAAUCUAAAUGGUAUGAGAGUAAAGGAAUUGAUUUUCAUGUUGAAUCUCGGCUAAACAGCUCAAGACUAUCAAAAAGCCUUGACAGUGGCACAACAAAUAAUUCUACAUUGUUGGCUUAUUCUCAAGACUUUAUUUAG